CAAAAUGCCAAUUCACUUAGUUGAGAAACGAAAGACACAUGAGUGUUUGCCAGGAAACGACGUGUUGUUGGGUUGGGCAUCAUCAUCCUUUAUAAACAGCGGACGGAUUAACAUCAGUGUCUUUGACGAGCCGGUGAACAGCAGCACUGAUAUGACUCUUCACCACAAUGACUGAGCAUCCACGUCAGGAAGGAUGAGUUCAAAGACAAAGAAAAAAAAUCGAAAGUCCUUCGGGGCAACAGCACCGCCCUUCAUUGACUACCUGAAAGAUAUUCUACGUCGAUAUCCAGAUGGUGGACAAAUUUUGAAGGAGCUGAUUCAAAAUGCAGAUGAUGCUCAAGCCACAAAAGUGGUUUUCAUCCAUGAUGAGAGAAGCUAUGGGACUGAGAGCCUUUGGACUGAUGAACUGGGACAAUACCAAGGUCCUGCUCUCUACGCCUACAACAACGCAGCUUUCACUCAAGAAGACUGGGAAGGAAUUCAGACGGCAGGGAGGAGUGUCAAACGCAAUGAUCCAAACAAAGUCGGGAGGUUUGGAAUCGGCUUCAACUCUGUUUAUCACAUAACAGAUUUACCAAGUAUAUUCAGUUCAAAGCACCUCGGGUUUCUGGACCCCCAAGAAAAAAUAUUUGGGGUCAGAGAGGGAGGUUUUCAGUGGUCUUUGGAUGAUGCAGACGAUCAAGAAGAUCUCAUGACUAUACAUGAUCAAUUCCAACCUUUUCAUGAUAUAGUUUCACUUCUAAGUGGACAAGAAUGGUCAAAAGUCAUCAAGGAGAAUCAACAAUUCGAUGGGACAGUUUUCAGGUUCCCCUUGCGCAAAGAGGCAUCAGAUAUCUCAGAUAAUCUAUAUGACUCCAACAAGGUGGUUGAGCUUUUUGACAGCUUCAUCGCAGAUGCUGACUUAAGCCUUCUGUUCCUGAAAAAUGUGAUCUCCGUGUCCUUGAUACAUAUCGACGUACAUGGCACUGUAAACAGCAGACUUGAAGUGAAAUCGUCCGUCCCAUCAAAUGUUGUUCUGGAGUCCGAAGACGAGUCAAUCACUGAGAGUUCAACAAGGUUCAAAGUGAUAAGCCUCAACUCAAAAGACCACAAAGAAACAACGUGGCUUUUGACAACAUGUACCAUGAAAGAAGGCAAUGUAGAAGAGCUUGAUUCGCUUGCAAAAAAGUUGAGUUUUUUCCCUCAAGUUGACUUGGCAUUCCCUUGUGGGGAGAAGAGAGACAGUAGAGAGAGUAGACUGAGCUGCUUCCUCCCACUCCCAAACAAUGAAUCCAACAAGACAGGACUCCCAGUUUAUGUCAAUGCGUGCUUUGGCCUCACAGACAACAGAAGACACAUCAAGUGGCAAGAGGAGGACCAGAAACAUGACGAACAUGCUGUGUGGAACGAGUUGCUGAUGAAGGAAGUGCUUCCACAAGCAUACCUCAUGAUCAUUCAAGAUGCUAUCAAGCUUGCUCAAGCAUCUGUUCUGCCUGUCUCCUACGUGUACAAUCUGUGGCCAGAUAUCAGCCAGAUAAAGCACCGAGAAAAAUGGUAUGCCGUUGCUCUGGAUGUUCUUGAUCACUUAUUCAAACAGAAUGUGGCUGUCCUCUCCCUUGCCAAAAAUGAGAGGCAGUUCAUCACUCCAUCAGAAGCUGUGUUCCCCUGUAAUGGUCCAACAAGCUCUGACAUUUUGGCUGCCAUUGAAAGGACUUUGGUCUCCUGUGGAGAAAAUCUUGUCACUUUAUCAGGCAGUGUCGCAAAAGCUAUAAAUGAGGCUUAUCCACAGCCCAGCACCCUUAAGCACGUCACCCCAACAUUCCUAAGGGACAUUCUUCGCAGGAUGAACAUGCACACCAUCUCUAAAGAUGACAAACUCUGGCUUUUGGAGUAUGUUUUGAGUGAUGGAAAAUACAGAGAACUCAAGGGCCUUCAACUGCUUCCACUCAAUGACGGCUCUUUCAGAUCUUUCACAGACCGAGAGGAGGACACUGCUUUAAUCGACAGCAAUGAAUUUCCAAGAGUCUUGCUACCAUGCUGCAAACACCUCUUCAUCCCAGAUGAUCUCAGUCGAACCUGCAGUACCCACCUGAAAGAACUGGCAAGAGAAAAUUCAUUCAAGGUCAUCAACAUUGACGCAAACCAGGUGGCUGAAUAUACAAAGAAGUAUCUGCCACAGGACUGGAAGCAGACGAGGACAGGGCUUGUUACCUGGAACAUCAGCAGCAGUCAACAUCCACCUUUAGGCUGGCUCCAAGAAUUCUGGAAAUUUCUCAACACUCACUUCAAAGAGUUAAGUAAUUUCAGUAGAAUGCCAUUAAUACCAGUCAGUCCCCUGUCCGCCAGUCAGCAUGUAUCACUAGCAAGACUAGAGCAGAAAACAACCCUCAUUUUUCAGAAAAGCAAGCAGAUGAACUUGCCAACACAAAUAGCUCAGUUGGUGAACAAAGUUGGUGGCACAGUGGUGACAGGAAACGAGUGGCUUAAACAUGAAGAUCUUGACUCUUAUGUGCUGUGCCCAUCUCCCAGGAGUGUCAUGAAAGUCUUGGUGAAUUUAGAUUCUCAGGAUGUCAUCAGAGAACUCAAAACUGCCUCUCACAAAGCACGAGAAGAACUGAAAGAUUAUCUUUCUCGCCUGGAUUCUCUUUCAGUCACUGAGAAAGAUUUACUCUCAAAGUUGCCUCUUUUUCAAACCAUGAAAGGAUCAAGUGUUGCAGUUCAAUCAAAACAGGCUGUGCUUCUAAUUUCUGGUCUAAAAGUACCAACAGACUUCCCCAUGCCUGAUUCGGUUGUGCAGUGUGCAAAUGAGGCUGAUCGCAGACUGUUACAGCUGCUCAAAGUUAAUAUCAUGGAUACUGCACAAGCAGCCAAUCUCCUCAUUGACUGCAUUGAGAAGGGAGCAUGCAGAAAAGAAGACACUGGGAAAAUCAUGACUUGGAUUUUACAGAAUGGCGAGAUCCUUCUCUCUCAAAAUCAGACAUUGAGACGCAGAUGCAAGGACUUGAGCUUCAUUGAAAUGAAUGGAAAGCUGAAAAAAGCCUCAGACUUUUUUGACCCAAGAAUUGCAACCUUUAAAGUAAUUUUUGAGUCAGAUUUCUUUCCCCCACCAUUGUACACUCACACGUCACAAAUGCUUCAAAGCCUAACAGAGCUUGGAUUGCUCAAUAAAGAAGUAGACGUGUCACCUGAGCACUUGUUGCAUGCCGCAACACUGAUUGACAGUAAACAUGUCAGCUCUCAAGCUGAGGCUCUCAAAAGAGCUAAGGUGCUCUUGAAGAUGUUGGAUACUAAUGAUCUGCUCUCGAAGUUCUCUCAUGAGCAGCUUCAUCGCCUCAAAAUGCUAAGAUGGGUCCCAUGUGCUAAACCUGGCAGUGAACACUGCAACGACAAAUCUCAGACAAGCUGUUUCUUCUGUCCAGAUGAAAUAAGACAUUCUAUGUACGAGGACAUUGUUGGGCAUGCAAUGCCUCUGGUGGGAAGUUUCAGUAACAGAGUUAGCAGCCAACUUGGUCUUCAACGCCUACCCCCACCUGAAAAAGUUACAGAGAAUUUGACAGUGUUGAAAUCAAAAGCACAGAAAAUGUUUGACCCUGACACAAAUGUGGAUUUCAAGAGAAAGUUGCACAGCAUUUACAAACACAUGCAAGACCACAUCUCAGAAUUUUCAACAAUGAUGAAAAAGGACAAAUCCUGGCUGUGGAGCCACAACCACUUUGUAUCGCCACAGGAUCUGGUCCUAGACUACCCAUGUAAUCUUGAUCUGAGCGCCUACAUUGGGAAGGUCCCAAAGGAAUUUCUGGCAUACAACAAGUUGCUCCAGGAGUUUGGCCUAAGAACAUUGCUUUCAGAUGAAGAAGUUAUUGGUAUUCUUCAUUCCAUCAAGCAAACCAUUGAAGGAAGACAACUGCCAUUUGCAACAUCCUCUGAGGUAAAAGUGUCAAUUGAAAUUCUGAACUGGCUGUGGAAAGAGAAGAAGACGGUUCAGGAUGACAUCCCAGUGCCAGUCCUCAUAGAGGGUGACCAACAUACCCUUAAACCACUGUCAACGGCAGUCUUCUGCGAUGUGAGCAAGAAUGGGUUGAAAGAGCUGAAGCACAACCAGGAAGAAAUUCAUGUUGUACAUGAGGAAAUCCCAAGAGCAGCUGCUGAAUGGUUUAAUAUCCAAUUUCUCAGCACCCACAUUCUCCAUCCGGAGUUUGUGGGAAUUGAACAGUGUGGACAAUCUGAACCGAUAACAACAAGGAUUAAAAACAUUCUUAAAGAGUAUGAUGAAGAAAGUGACAUCUUCAAGGAGCUCAUUCAAAAUGCAGAGGAUGCUGGGGCAGAAGCCUGUAAAUUCUUGGUAGAUUUCAGAGUGCACAAAGACGCCCCUGAUAGUCUCAUUGACCCUGACAUGACCCUUUGCCAAGGACCUUGCCUGUGGGCAUUUAAUAAUGAGCAGUUCACACCUGAGGAUUGGAAAAAUAUUGUCAGAGUUGGAGCUGCCUCAAAGGAAAACAAGGUGGAAAAAAUAGGAAAGUUUGGACUUGGAUUCAACACUGUGUACCAUGUGACAGAUGUUCCUUCCAUCCUCAGUGGCAACAGUCUUCUCAUACUUGAUCCAAAUGUAACUCACCUCAAGAAGCACAUCAAACAUAAAACAAAUCCUGGAAUCAAGCUGGAUCUCGCUCAGCAGGGACUUUUUCGUUGGUUUCCUGGUCAGUUUGGACCAUACGAACGCAUUUUUGAUUGUAAUUUAAGCAGACAAAGUCCUCCUGAACCUUAUCCAGGCACUUUGAUCAAACUGCCUUUCCGAACUGAAGAAGAGGCUGUUGAGUCAGAAAUAAGUUCAAAGGUGUAUCACAAACACAAUAUCAUCUCUUUUCAACAGCACUUCACCAACAAUUCACAAACUCACCUGCUGUUUUUGAAAAACAUCAACACACUGUCUCUACAAAGUAUCUCAAACGAAGCAUCAACUCCACCAAGAGAUGACCAAAUAGAAACUGUCUUCACUGUCUCCAAAACCACAGUGAAUACAAACAGGAUUCCUGAUGAAACCGUGUCAAAGCAGCACCAAGCUGAGAAAUCAUUGAUGAAACUUGAUAAAAAGUGCAAAGAGGUAAUUGAUUCCUGCACAGUCAACAUUGUCCAAAUAACAAGUCAGCAAUCUGGUGUAACUGAAGUCCAGUCCUGGCUCCUGUACAACUGCUUUGGGACACAUCAGUCUUUGCAAAUGGCCCUUCAAGAAAACAAGCAAGCCAAGUUCUCUUUGCCCGUUGGGGGGAUUGCUGUGCCUUUGCAAAAACAUCCAGAUACUGGAAAGCUGGCCUCAUUACAAACAGAUCUUGUUGGACAGGCAUUUUGCUUCCUUCCUCUUUCCAUUCACACAGGUCUUCCAGUCAAUGUAAAUGGAACAUUUGCUGUGACGAGCAACCGAAAAGGUCUGUGGGAGAGUGGGGUCAAACAUGACUGGAACAAAGCCCUUCUACAGGAUCCUGUAGUGAAGGCAUACAUCACUGCACUUUUGGCACUUAAGGAAAUGUCUGAAAACAAGCAACUGGAAAAAUACUAUUAUCACACUGUUUGGCCUGAUCGAGAGAAAGUGAGUGAAAUCUUCAAGCCUUUGGUUGAUGCAUUGUACUCCAUCAUUGCUCACCAGUCCACUGGCCCAAAGCUCUUCAGUGAUGGAGAACAUUGGUGCUCAAUGAACAAUGCCAUAUUUCUACACGAGAGGAUUGAGGAGGAUAAAGACAUCUUCAUGCUUGCCGUGCAGGUGUGCAAGAAACACAUAAAAGCACCCAACCAUGUUAUUCCUCUUCCACUGUGGUUGAGAAAUAGCUUCAAACAGUCAGGCCUUGAAACGGUUUUACUGAACAGAACAUGGAACUGGGACAAGUUUUACCAAGAAGCAGUGUUUAACAACCUUGGUACCAUGGACCCUGAGAGCAGAGAUACUCUCGUGCUGCAUGCUAUUGACCUUAACAUCAAAGAAAUUAACAGUUUACUGGUCCGCUAUCCUUGCAUCCCCACAAAAAGCGGAGAGCUCCAGUAUAUCAGGAAACUUGUGAAUCCGACAGGGAAAGUGGCCUGUCUUUUUGAAUCAGAGAAAGGACGCUUGCUUGGCGGCACCAAAAAUGACUUUUGCGCCCCCAAAAGGAUUCAGCGCUUGUUGGAACUUGGAAUGGCAAAUGAUCAUCUCUCACUGGAAGACAUCACAGAGAAGGCAAGCACAAUCCCCAAAACCUGGACCACUGACAAAGAGAAAGCAUAUGGGCAUUUGAAUUGCCUUCUUGAACUUUUGAAGGAUCAUAUGAAUGACAAAGACUCUCUCCACUGGGAAACACUGAGGAUGACUGAACUUCUCCCAGCAUUUUCCCCUGGUGAUACAAAGAUGGAAAGGAAUGUCAUACUUAGAAGGCCCACAGAUGUAUUUAGUGAAAAAUGCUCCCCACUCGUUAACAUGACACAACAUGUUCUGGAUCAUACCAAUCUGGAAAUACACAAAACCGAUCCAGUACUGCAAAUUCUGGGAGUCCAUGACAGUCCAGGGCCUGAGAAAGUGAUUCAGCAACUUCAAGAAGCAUGUGAGAAAUCUCAAUCCAUUGACAGAUCCAUGCUCACCAAAAUAGCAUUGGAAUGCUAUAGAUUUCUGGAUCAUUGGCUCAUUGAUGGUGGGGACUCCACAUUCAUUGCACGAACAGCAAAUUCAUUUCCCUUCAUUCUUGUCGGCAGUACAUUUGCAAAUGUGAGUCGUGUAGCUGAAAAUGAGCAAUUUGAAGCAAAACCUUAUCUCUAUUUACUUCCAUCGCUCUUCAGUGAUUUCAGGACGCUUUGGGAAUGUGUAGGUGUUGAAAAAGGUUUUACAACCAGUCAGUUUCUAACUGUUCUCAAGGAGAUGCACUCUCAACAUAGUAACAAGACCCUACCAAAGAAGGACCUGUCAAUUUGCCUCACAAUUUUAAGAGCCAUACAUGAAGGUAAAGGGAAAACAGUUGACUGUAAGAUACCAAACAAAGAUGGUGUCUUACAACCUGCAAGCGAGAUGUUUUACAAUGACAGCCCAUGGAUGCCAGUUGCUCCAGGUGUCACAUUAUGUCAUGAGAAUAUCUCGCGUGUUAUGGCUAAGCACUUUGGAAUCAAAACCACCAGGCAUCAUACCCUGCAAAACUAUGAGAUUGAGAACAUUUCACCAUUUGCUUUUGAGUUUGAACAGCAUGAAGACCUGACUGUUCGAAUCAAAAACAUAAUUUCAGCCUAUCCAGCAAAGAAGGAUAUCCUUAAAGAGCUUAUCCAAAAUGCUGACGAUGCAGAGGCAACAGAAAUUCACUUUGUUUGGGACAGACGACGGCAUGGCACAGAAAAAACAUUUGGGAAGAAAUGGAACCAAUUGCAGGGUCCAGCACUGUGUGUGUUUAACAACAAAGUGUUUUCUGAUGCUGACCUGGCUGGAAUUCAACAGUUAGGAGAAGGAGGAAAGCACAACUCUCCAGGGAAGACAGGGAAGUAUGGAGUAGGAUUCAACUCUGUUUACCAUCUGACUGACUGCCCCUCCAUCCUCACUGGAGAUGAGCUACUCUGCAUUUCUGAUCCUAAUCGAAAAUACAUUGAAAGUCCUUCAGACAAACCACCAGCUGGCACUGGCUAUAGACUACCUGACACUUUCAAGAACAUGUACAUGGACGUCUACAAAUCCUUUCUUCCAGACGAAUUUCAUCUUAAAGACGGGACCAUGUUCAGAUUACCUCUGAGGAUGGGUAUCAUGGCAAACAACUCUAAAAUAUCACAGCAGGGCGUCACUGACCAUGACAUGGAAGAACUAUGCUCUGAACUUUCAAAAGAUCCCGAAGGACUAAUUCUGUUCCUGAAAAACAUCUGCAAAAUAAAAGUCCACGAAAUCAAUGAGCAUUCAGGACAACUCAAAACCAUCUUCGUGGUUGAAAAAAGCCUGCCGCAGAAAUGCAGCGAAACAAAAGAUGCUUUUGUCAAACUUCAACAAAUUGCGCUGCAAUCGGACACACCAGUAACACCUAAGGAGGUCAUCUAUGGCACCUUGAUUUCAACCUCAGAUAAAAGACAAACUACAUGGAUCAUUGCAGAGCAGUUUGGCUCUUCCAAAAACAAUGGUGAUGAUGAACUAACACCAUUGGAGAAACUUCCCCAAGCAGCAAUAGCAGCACAGGUGAGCUCAAAAAUCAAGAGUUCAGAUGUGGCUCCACCCAGCCCCAUAGAUUUUAAGGGAGAAGCUUUUUGUUCCCUCCCUUUGCCAGGGAAAACUGGACUGCCAGUGCAUGUCAAUGCAAAUUUUGAGGUAGAUUCUGCCAGGAGAAAUCUUUGGAAAGAAGAUGGACAGGGUCUAAAAUCUAACUGGAAUGAAUAUUUGAAACAAAAUGUCAUUGCUCCACUGUAUGCAGAUCUCCUUCAUUACAUCAGCUGUAGCACUGCAGAAAAGAAAGUUGAUCCUGCACAUAUUGAGUCACACUACUUGUGUUUUUGGCCAACUGUGUCUAAAUAUGUUGGCCAGGAUUGGCAUGAAAUGAUACAUGAGGUAUACAGAUCAAUCAAAGAAAGAGGCCUGAAUGUGAUUCCAUUUCUGAGGAGUUCAACACAAACAAUUGGAGGCCAUGAAUUUAGGACGCACUCUUUGAACUGGUGUGAUGUCAAAGAAACUGAAACAACUCAGGCACCUUACCUGCUACACUGGAUAAGUGAUGAGAUUAAUCCCAUUUUGGAAGAUCUUGGAAUGAAAUUGGUUCCUCCUUCCAUGCUAAAAGUUUGGAAAAGUUUCAAAUCCGCUGGCAUUGAACUGAACGACGUGAAUCCUUCAACUGUGCGGACUUUCCUAAGAGAGAAAAGACUCAAUGACUCAACCCAAACAGAUGAGGGUUUACCCCUACCCGUAAGUGCCACUCUGAUCAAAGAUGCAACAAGAUGUUCAACACUCUUGAGUUUCUGCUUAAGAGAUUUCGACUUGAAAAAGACCAACUCCAGUUCACUCAAUGGGCUUCCACUUCUUCUCACAAGAGAUAACGUUUUGAGAGUGUUUAACUCCAAAUCUCCCAAGUUGAUAUCAAGAUAUGACCGUCUGUUCUCUGGCUACGAGGACCAGUUUGCAGACCAUAAGACCAACAGAGAACACAUUAAAGUUCUAGAAACUUUAAACCUUGUCAAAAGCUUGACACUUCCCUGUGCAGCAGAAUAUCUGAAGCCGUUAAUUCAGCAGCGUCUUCAGAAUUGUGAAGUUGAUCCACACAGUGGUCUUCAUGUCCCAAACGAGAACAUGAUGAACUGGCUGAAAUCCCUUUGGGCGUUCUUAACAAGUCAAAUUAAACCUGCAACAUCUGGUGGUGAUGAACAAAGUCCGGCAUUAAGUGAUGUGAGGCAGCUCUUCAAUGAAUGCUGCAUCUUACCUGUUGUGUGUCCAAGGUUGAACAACAAACACUUCCUGCAAGCGAUGAAAGACAUGCCAAGUGUGAUUCAGUUUGCCACAGACCGAGAUAUAUCAAGCAUCCUCUUUAAACUUGGUUUUUUGAAGCUAAACAAUGGGUUCUUCUCAGAGAUACAUGUAGGCCGGCAGGAUCAUUCACUUCUACACUCAGAACUUAUGAAUGUGAAUGAUCAAGGUUGUGUGUUGGACCAGGUCUACAACAUUAACCGCUCAGAGUUUUCCCAGCUUUCCAUUGAUGAGAUGAAAGAGCUUCAGUUUUUCCUGCAGUCUGGAAUAUCAAAGUCCAAAGACAAACAAGCAUACCAGAGAAAGCUCAAAUCCUUGCCAUUAUUUGAAACAGUACAUGGUAACCGAGUGAGGAUUGAUGGGCUUGGAGAAGUAUUUAUCCUACACAGCAUCUAUUCAAAGAGAUUUCCAGACUUGUUCAAUCUGCCCAACAGUAACAGCAUUUUUCUCAAAAACAAUCCAGAGAACUGCAGUCUGUCAGAAACACUGAACAUCAAAACCCUGACUGAUAUGGACUAUUUCAUGAAGUUCAUUCUGCCCAUUGUACACACAUUCACAGAAAUCAAGAUGCUUCACUGCCUCAAACUGUUACUGUCACUACCAUUCCAAUCUUCUGACGAAAAGGACACAAUCAUCUCCUCAAUGAAGACGGUGAAAUUGAUUCGCAAUUCUCAAGGCAGUCUGGAGGCAGCAUCGUACUACUUUGAUGAAAGUGUGGAGCUAUAUCGGAAGAUGUUGCCCCAAGAGAGAUUUGUGCCUCAGAGAUUUUGGACUGAGUUGUGUGAAGAAAAUCCACACACACUAAGACAACUAAAAGACUUACUCAGGGACCUUGGAAUGAAGUCUAUUGUGUCAAAAGAUGACAUAAUAACAUUUGCACAGCAGUUAGAAACUGAAGCAAAAGGAAAUGGCCAACUUAAGGAGCUGAAACAGAAAUCAUCAUUAAUUUUCAAAGCAGCCUGGAAUAUAGUGUGUUACAGCAACAAAGAGGAAAGGUUGCUGGAGAGCAUAGCUGACAUCAAGUUCAUGUUUCCAGUGAAAAUUCAAAAAGAACUGUGCAACUAUCAUCAACCAUUUGCUGCUGAGAAAACUGCUGUUAAAAUCAGAGGAUCUUUGAUGGAUGGCGAUGCUAAGCAUCAGGAACUGAUUUGGUCAUCAAUGCCAAUUAUAGACAUACCAGUUCAUAAGUCACCAAUGUUCCUGAAAAUGAUGAAAAAUGCAGGAGCUCAUGAACAACCACCUACACUCUGUGUAACCAGUAACAUGAGCAACAUCUGUCAGUCGCCCUGUAAAACUGACCAGUUGAUCGAAACGCGUGCUAAGGUGUUUCGAAGUGCUUAUGCCUACCUUCAAGCAAAUGUGUUUCAAGGCCAACAAUUGGCUGGUCUUCCUGUUGUGUUGGUUGAAAAAGACAAAGAAAUUGUGAGACCUGAUGAUGCGUCUUUUUCACUCCCCCAUCACCGUGAGUUCAGGCCAUAUUUGUACAGCAUUUCCUCAAAGGAUGUCAUGUUUGAAGACUUCUUCAGGAAAAUUGGUGUAAAGGACCGACCUACUGCAGUGCAGUAUUGUAAUGUUCUUGAAGCAGUCUAUGUGGAUUCCUGUGAAAAACCGCAACUAAACCCAAACCAACAGAUAACUGUGAAACGUGCUGUUGAGCAGUUUUUCAAGUUAAUCAAAACUCCAGGAGACCAGACGCUUGUUGAUGAUGUAAAGACUUUGUAUCUUCCUGCAGUAGAUGGUAAAUUAUACCCCUCACACACACUCUACUACAACGACACAGCGUGUGAGACCAAAAGGCUGGAAAAAUCGCUGGAGAAUAAGUUCCUGUUGCUUGAGAAACUCAGUGAAUGUCAUUUAGGCAGUGACAGAUAUGAGCAUCAUCGGUUACUGCAAUUGCUGCCUGAGAAAUUUAGGCCUAAAAUGCUGACUCAAAUCACAGAGGAGAGAGUGGAGGAAGCAUACAUGCAGUUUUGUGAGCUUGAGCCACACUGUGAGUUUAGUGGAUGGUUUGAGAAACAUCUGUCUUCAGGAGCAUUUACACAUGGACUAAUUUGUCUUAUAAGGGAGCAGUCUCAAGGAAAAAUAACACAAGAAGAGGCUACAGACAUGUGCAAGAAGACUUUUGGCAGUAUUCGUAUUGUCUGCUGCGAAAGUCUGAAAACAAAGCUGUUUGUGAAUAAACAGCCACUACACAAAACUGCAAUUGAAACCAACGUUUUUGUCAAAAGAGAGCAACAAGUUUGCAUCUUUUACUUGAAACACAACAACGACAUAGCUCCCAAGGUGAUUAAUCGCAUCUGUAUGACACUGGCAAAGGAGAUUAAUGCUCUUUUAGGUAUGAGAAUGGCAUUAGAUCACCUCCUUGUCCUCGGACAACUUCUCCUUUGUGACAGCCUGCAAGAUGUUCUGACAACUCUGGCUGAGAAUGGGAUCCAUGACAGUGCUGAGACUGCGAGCAACCUCCUCAAUCCACCGGCCCCUGGAACAGAAAUUCCUGAGGAAUGGCAUGAUUCCUUAGACAUGAACAUCCUCAAUAACUUUGAAGAGGGGGAAUAUGUUGGCUACAGCACUAACAACAAGUAUAUCUAUGCAGUUAUUGUUGAAGAACUGCCUAGGCAGGCUGGACUAUAUUCUCAGAGAUACAGGAUAGAUAUCGGAGAAGAUGAGCCAGUUGAAGUCAGUUGUCUUGACCUGUAUCAGUUUAAACGACAGAAGAAGACAGAACCCGAGGAGAGGACUUGCACAUCUGCCGAAUCUUCUUGCACGGAUCUAGUGCCACUAUCAGGAGCUGUGCCACAUUCUUCCCAACCAUCAAAUACAAGUUCCUCAUCUUCAAGAUCCUCACCAGCCUCUAUUGACGAAGCUAAACAGGAAAUAGACAAAUGUUUAGCAGAGAUCUGGACUCUUCCUAAGGAGGAGAAAGAUAAAGCCAUCAAACGACUGUACCUUAGAUGGCAUCCUGACAAAAACCCUGACUGCCCACUUCUCGCCACUGAGGCAUUCAAAUACUUGAAGAAUCAAAUUGAUGAGCUCAGUAAAGGAAAAGGCCAUGGCAAAGGCAAUAGUGGAGGCUCAUCCUACCCAAGUGGAAACUUUAAUUUCAGCGACCACUUUCGGCAAUGGGAUCAGGAAGCCAGGUAUCACAGAAAUAGUCGAGAGCGAUUCUCUAGAGGCUCCUACAACUUUUGGACCCAUAAUGAUGUCCCGAAGCCGAACAAAGAGGAGGCCCAGCGCUGGUGUAGACAAGCUCGCUGUGAUCUCAACGCAGCUCAAAAAGACAUGAGUGGGGCGAGCACAGAGUGGUGUCUGUUCAAAAUCCAUCAAGCAGUGGAAAAGUCUCUCAUAGCUGCAAAGUAUAAAAAGGAUGGCCAGCAUCCAACAGACUGCUCCAUUUCAGCCCUUGCUGCAAAAGUUUCCCUUUACAACCCCCAACUGAGAGUUCUGCCUGAAAUUGUGCGGAAUCUGAAGACACUGGGAGUGGACGCCAAAAAAACUCAAUAUCCAAACUGCCAUCCAUUUCCCCAUAUUCCCAACGAUCGCUUCAAAUCAGAGAAUGAAAUGUUGGCGCUGGACAAGGCAUCUGAGCUUCUCAGUAAAGUAGAGGCAUAUGUGAACUAGGGAUUUAAGACUAACAGGGUCAGUUCAAGAUGCUUUCAGAUCUAUAUUGUGAUAAUAUUACAAAUAAACAAAAGUGAUUUUUUUUUUGUUUAACAGGAUAGAAAAAUACUGUGAAAAUUCUUCAGAAAGAUUGUUUAAUUUCUGAGUAACUGCUGAAAAUGUAAACAUCAAAGACUUUUGUGAGUUGUAAAAAUGUAUCACAACUCAUCGAAAACCAAUGUGCUCGCUGCAUUCCUUUGUUAUGAAAAUACAUAUUUUUUAUUAUUUUUUCUCUCCAUUGAAAACAUUUACAACUAAUCACUGAGGACGAUUAUAAUCUCUAUCAAUUUGUAUUGAAAAUGAAAAGAUGUGCUCUUUUUUUCUAUGUAAACAUUUAUAACUACUCAUUGAGGGCCAAUUUAAUUUCUAUCUUAUUUUGUUAUGAAAAAUGUGAAUGUAUGUUGUUGUUGUUUUUUGCAAGGUAAACAUUUACAACUACUCAUUGAGAACCAAGAUAAUCCUUUGCAAAGAAAAAGCCUGUCAACUUUUUUUGUUGUAGUUUAUAACUACUCAUUGGGAACCAAGAUAAUCUCAUUAUUACAUUGUUAUGAAAAUGCAAAUAUAAUCUUUUUGCAGUGUUGUGAACAUGUAUAACUAAUCGAAGACAAGUAUAAUCUCUGUCUUACUUUGUAACAAAAAUGCUAACUUUUUUUUCCUAUGUUAAUGCUUAAAGCACAUCUGAAUUGUUAUGAAAAUACAAAUUACAUUUUUCUUGCAAUGUUGUCAACAUUUAUGGCUACUCAUUGAGGACAGAUAAUCUCUUUAUUACUUUGUUAUGAAAAUAUAAACUUGUUUCUUCUGGUUUCAAAACAUCUUUCCAAAGGGUAGCAUUUGAAAGUUAGCCAGCUGGCUAUCACUGAUAUAUUUUUACAGAGAUGUAGACAACGGUUAAUGUGCGUUGCCCUAAUAAAUGAAUAAAAUGAAA